AUGGGCAUGUCACCAAACAACUUUACCACUUCCUUCUGUUUGACACAGCAAAAUGCUUCAAUCUGCACUGAGCAAGAACUAGACAACUACCUCCACCCGUACUAUUACGGCAUCGAGGAGGUCGCGCUAGACGGCGACGAGCUAGAGCUCGGCAGCUCCCGUGCUCCCAAGGCCACCAAGGUUGACUACUUCAGCUCGCCGUACCAGUCCUCGUGGCCGCCAGCGCAGGUGGACGUCGAGUCGUCGCGCGUCAGGAAGAAGCAGUUCCGUGACGUCCUCGAGAGCUGCAAGCAGAAGGUGGAGGCCUUGGAGGCUCUCGAGUCGCCGCCGGCAGGCGGCAGCGGCCCGUUCCAGAUGGACCAAGGCGAGGUGGUAGUCGCCGUGGGUGACGGCGGCGGUGGUGGUGGCGGUGCUGAUGGCAUGCGGCUCGUACAGCUUCUGGUGGCCUGUGCAGAGGCGGUGGCGUGCCGCGACCGCGCGCAGGCCGCGGCGCUGCUGCGCGAGCUCCAGGUGGGCGCGCCCGUGCACGGCACGGCGUUCCAGCGCGUCGCGUCGUGUUUCGUGCAGGGCCUCGCCGACCGCCUCGCCCUCGCGCACCCGCCGUCCUUGGGGCCUGCGAGCAUGGCGUUCAGCGUCCCGCGGUCGUCCUGCCACGACGGAGCUCGCGGGGAGGCGCUAGCCGUGGCGUACGAGCUGUGCCCCUACCUCCGCUUCGCUCACUUCGUGGCGAACGUGUCCAUCCUGGAGGCCUUCGAGGGAGAGAGCAACGUCCACGUGGUGGACCUGGGCAUGACGCUUGGCCUAGACCGCGGCCACCAGUGGCGCGCACUUCUCGACGGCCUCGCCGCGCGGGCCGGCGGCAAGCCGGCGUGCGUGCGCGUCACCGGCGUGGGGGCCCGCCUCGACACCAUGAGAGCCGUGGGGCGCGAGCUGGAGGCGUACGCGGAGGAGCUCGGGAUGCGCCUCGAGUUCAGGGCCGUCGAUCGCACGCUGGAGAGCCUCCACGUGGACGAUCUCGGCGUCGAAGCCGGCGAGGCCGUGGCCAUCAACAGCGUCCUGGAGCUGCACUGCGUGGUGAAGGAGAGCCGGGGCGCGCUCAACUCCGUGCUGCAGACCAUCCGCAAGCUCUCUCCUAAGGCGUUCGUGCUCGUGGAGCAGGACGCCGGACACAACGGGCCCUUCUUCCUGGGUAGGUUCAUGGAGGCGCUCCACUACUACGCCGCGCUGUUCGACGCGCUGGACGCGGCGCUCCCGCGGUACGACGCGCGGCGCGCGCGCGUCGAGCAGUUCCACUUCGGCGCCGAGAUCCGGAACGUGGUCGGGUGCGAGGGUGCAGCGCGCGUGGAGCGUCACGAGCGCGCGGACCAGUGGCGGCGCCGCAUGAGCCGCGCGGGGUUCCAGUCCAUGCCGAUCAAGAUGGCGACCAAGGCACGGGAGUGGCUGGAGGAGAAUGCCGGAGGCAGCGGCUACACGGUGGCGGAGGAGAAGGGAUGCCUCGUGCUUGGAUGGAAGGGCAAGCCCGUCAUCGCUGCCUCUUGCUGGAAAUGCUAGCCACGUACUCACUGCCGCUCACUUCACCAUCUUUGCGUACACAGCGGACUGUGACAUUGUGAGUGGGGAGGGCCGGAG